CCUUGUUUCCUCCACAGCCCACCUCACGCGCUGAGAACCCAGCCACUUCUGCUCCAACGAAUGCAUAAAGCAGAGCCCUGUUCUGCUCGUUACAUCACACAAGCACGUGAACACACAUUGCCCAGAAACACCCGAUCCUUCUGCUUCUCUCUUCCGCCGAGUAGUCCUCUCAAAAACUUCGAGGUCCUCUCCCUCUUCACUCGUUCCGUCGAGAAAUUAUCUCGCUCCCUCUUUUCCAAGCCGCGCGAGGCAUGGCAUCGUGGUGGAACCAGCUGGCGAUUCUCGGAAUUUGCGCGCUGAUCGCGGUGCUCGUCGCGCCGGCGGCGGCGAAGCGGCCCAGCAAGGAGGAGGUGAUCGCAGAGGUGAAGAGCGCGCGCGACGCACUCAAGAACCCCGCGAUUUCCAGCAAAUACCGAAUAACCACCACCUUCCUCGACCACUUCAUCCCGAAAUUGGAGAGCGACUGGAAUCCGACGGACGAGACGCUCGGCAAGCUGGACCGCAAGGCCAUGCUCUUCCCCGCGGACGACGCGCUGCUCACCUCCGACUCCGCCGGCGGCGGGCGUGAGCAUGAUGCUGAACCCGAACGCGGACCUGGAGGACGCCAAAGGGUACUGGAACUGGCUGCGCGCCAACAUGGUGGACGGGCUCUACUCGGAGCAGGAGAUGAGCGACGCGCGUGAGCUCAAGGACGUCAAUGGCCGCAAGAUGAGCAAGAGUGAGGACGCCGCCGCCGCCGCUCGCCGUACUGACCCGCCUGCCGGAUCAAAGCGUUUGUGCGAAAAGAAGCUCGUCUGGCUGAUCAGCUUCGUAGGCCCUACGACUAUUGGAGAAAAUCUCGCGAAUCCCGUUCCGCAGCGAAAAUUGGAAUAUAAUCGGACGCGCGAGACGGGAUUCGUGAGAUUCGCGAGAUUCUCUCCAUCUAUUGUGUGUUUCCU